AUGGAAGGUAGUAACGGUUCGGCCAAAGGGGCCCGGAAUCCCCAGGCGAUGAAUGGCUUGGAUGGCGUCAGCGGAAACAAGGCCUCGAUCAACGGCCGCGCCGUCGUCCCUCGAAGGAGACCGGUGCCAAAGCGUCGGAGCUUCGUCGCGAGCAGUCUCAGUGUUGUUGCAAGACUGCUGGCAUGGUACUCCAUCUUGACCAUCCUGUUUCGAUGUCCCGCCAGCCUUGACGCCUGCGAUCGGUCGUCGCCUCAUAUCUGCAAGCCAUACUUUCAGUUGAAGAACACCCUAGCACCGCACGUGGAGCCCUACUACGACUCCCACGCAAGGCCUUACGUAGAGGCUGCCCGCCCUUACUACGACGCAGUUGACCGUACGGUACUGACGCCGGCAUGGGGGUAUGCUGCAAAGUACGGAGCCCCUCGAGUCGCCCAGGCCCAAGCCAUCGGUCAAGCCCAGUGGGAGAAAACGGUCCAGCCCCAGGUAGUCAAGUACCAGGCUCUUGUCAAGUCGAAAUACGACGAGGCGCUCGCUCCCCACGUCGACCGUCUCACCACCACCCUCGGACCGUACUACGAUAUCGCACGUACCAAUGCUCUGCAGACAUAUCACGAACUUCUCCUGCCCACCUAUGAGUUCAUCGAGCCCUACGCUCUCCAAAGCUACGGUGCGGCCUCGGCUUUUACAACUGGAACCGCCAUUCCUGCUGCUGUCUGGGCCUGGAAUAAGACGUAUGUCUUCUUGGAUGGAACUGUCUGGCCGCAGUUGAGAGUCAUCUACGUUGAGAACGUCGAGCCACAGCUCGUCAAGAUCGGACAGCGUUUAGGCAGAUACCAUGGGAACGCGACACAAAAGCACAUCGUUGAGCCAGCAGCUAGCAUUGCUAGUAAAGCGUCAUCCUCAUUUACGAAACCAGCACCCACAAGCGUCGUGUCCAGUAUUAGCUCCAUCGUGGAGGAAAAUGUGCAGUCUGCUUCUUCCGAAGUGGCUGCAGAUGCUUCCACCCCAUCCGAAGCAGCCACGACGAUGGAACCAGCCAAGCCGAGGUCUUCCGCUCAACCAGUCCCGGGACCGGAGGAACCUGAGGCUGGUGAAAGCGAUAUACGCAAGACCGCGCGAGAGACAGUAGCCGAAGAUCUAAAGGCCUGGCAGGAGAAAUACGCCAAGGCAGCCGACGAAGGCGCCGCCGAGAUUGAGAGCCGGGUCGAGGAGAUCGCCAAGCGCGUGGUCCGUCGCCAGGCUCGGACCACCGGGAAAUCCCUACUUGAAGAUCUGCAACAAUCUAUGGUAACAGAAUUAGCCGCCCUACGCCAGGACAUCCAGACAAUCGUCGCCGAGUCUCAGAGCGAGGAUGCUUCCACCCAGGCCGCGGAAGACAAAGUGCUGGCCGCAGUACGUCGCGCGGGGAAGGAGGUUAAGGAGAGAGCCCAAGCCGUUCGAACUUGGAGAGAAAAAUACGACGCUGAGCUUCAGGCAUCUGUCACCAAGGCCGCAGAGACCCAUUUCAAGAUCCUGGACUCCAUCAAGGAUCUAGCUCUUCAGAAAAUCGGCAUGAAGUGGGCUUGGAUGGACGGAAUCACCUACAAAGACUGGGCAAAAUAUCACCAGCUUAAGGACCGAUUCGAUGAGUGGGAGAAGGACCUCGAGCAGCUCAUUGUGACUCAUCCGGCUCUUGAGCAAGCGCAAAAUGAAGGCCAGUCGAUCGAGGACAAGGCGAUGGAACUCGCGCAGUCUGCCGUCAAGGAACUUGCCAGGCUGAAGCAAGUCGCAGGCUGGAAACUCGCAGCCAAUGAUGGGACCGACGAGUUUGACAGUGACCUGAUGAAAGCUGCAGCCGAAACAGCCCAAAAGGUCAAGGACAUGGCCAAAGCUUCUCAAGCUGAUGCGCAGAAGUCAGCUGAGGCUGUCAUGGACGAUAUUGCCGGAUCCGUCUCAUCAGCCAGCCAUGUCGCCAGCGAAGCUGUGUCUGAAGCACUGCCUGUCGAUGACAUCGAAACGGCCACCUCUGUUGUCGAGUCAAUCGUGUCUGAGGCUCACGAUGGCGCCUCAUCCUUUAUUCUUGAGACUCCGGCUGCCAGCGCUCAGAGCUUCGCGGGUGAGGCAACUUCUAGCGCUAUCGAGGUCUCCAGUGAGCUGUCGAGCGUCACAAAUGAGGUGAAGUCGGCAUUUGCAGACGAGGAAAACUCCGAUUCUCCUUCUUCCGCCGAGAGCUCUGAGCCAGCAGAUGAGCCCCUUGUGGCUUCAGCCAUCAUUCUCGAAGAGACCCCAGUCAUUGCGGGCAACACGACUGAAGCAACAGAUGUCGACGGUGAGGCCGUUCCAAUACACCUCCCCGUCGAUGAUGUUGCGGAGCCCCAGGUUGUAAUUGCCGCAUCGUUUGAGUCGACCUCGGCCGCAACCCCGGACCCUGCCUCCUCGACAACGACUGUCAAGUCUGCUCUCUUUGGAGCCGCGGCUCAGGAAGUUCCAAGCCGCGUGCCUAUUCUCGACGACGACAGCCUAGAUGACGCUGCCAGCAUGAUCUCAUCGAUGCAGUCAGAUAUUCCGCGCACAAUCUCAUCCGCAGCUCAGUCGGCUUACUCGGUAGCCAUGUCACGGGCUGCGGUGCAAUACUCGCAAGCUGUUUCCCUCGUUUCAGCUCAGAUCAAGGGCACGCCCAAACCUGCUCACGAGCAACUCUUGUCGUCUGUCACGUCUGCCUACAGCCAAGCCAUGGCAUCGGCCAGCUCUCGGCUGAAUGACGCUCUCAACGCCGCCGAAAAUCUUUACGGUUCAGCCAGUGCUAAGAUAGCCCCUACGACAACCCCUGCCCCUUUGGUUGACUGGGCACGAGUUGAGGCUAUUGCCGCCGAGCGCCUUAAUCACGGCCGUUCAUGGGCGGAAGAGCAGUACGAAAGUGCCAAAGUUGCUGUCGGACUCGCCACGCCCACCCCAACCUCGCCUGUUGAAAAGGUUCUGGAGAAUGCGCGAUACAAUUAUUAUGCCGGCUUGGGUAUGGCUCAUGCACGGUAUUCCGAGUUCAUGUCUGCAGCAUCGUCGGCAUUCAGCUCUCUGACGGCCACACCUACGCCAACCGAUCUAGCCGGCACUGCAUCGUCUGUAGCCUCGGUCGCGAGCAAGUCCGCUGCCUCAGUAGCCUCGGUCGCCAGCGAGAACGCCUCCUCUAUCGCAGCCGCGGCUGGCUCGCAUGCAUCUUCCGUCGCAUCUGCUGCCAGUGACGGUGCUUCGUCAGUGGUCUCUGCCGCCGGCUCCCAUGCGUCCUCGGCCGCUUCGGUGGUUGGCGAGAACGUUUCGUCUGCGGCGGCCGCCGGGUACGAGAAUGUCGCAUCAGCCGCGGGGGUUGCGGGCGACUUCCUAGUGGAGAAGUGGGAUGAUGUACUCAACCAAGUCAGCAUGCAGGUCUACGGUGCGCCCACCCCGACGCCUUGGUACGAGAGUGUUCUCCGCGCUGCUGGCGAGUAUGCCGCGGCGGCAACAGAGGCUGCCGGGGAGGGAGCCUCUUCCGUGACCAGCGCCGCCGGCAGUUACGCGACAGCCGACUCCGAGGAAGCAGCCAAACAGUACACUGCCGUCAGCAGCCUCGUAUCGGAGCUCUUGGUCGGGAAGGAACCCUCCUUCACCGAGAGCGUUUAUUCGCGCCUCAGCGCCGCGUACACCAGCGGUGCUUCGUCCGCUGCUAGCGUCGCCAGUGCAGCGGCGGCCACCGCUGCGUCAGUGGGCAGCGAGGCUACUGAGGCGGUCAAGGAUACCGCAGAGAGGAUCCGGGACGAACUGUAA